UACAAUGGAUAUCGAUGUCUUUAAUGGGUGGGAGAGAUCAAGAUUUGAAGAUGAAACCAUAAUGCCACCUGGGUUUAGGUUUCAUCCAACUGAUGAAGAGCUCAUCACUUACUAUCUCCUCAAGAAAGUUCUUGACUCCAAUUUCUCCUGUGCCGCCAUUUCUCAGGUUGAUCUCAACAAGUCUGAGCCCUGGGAGCUUCCUGAGAAAGCGAAAAUGGGUGAGAAAGAGUGGUACUUCUUCACGUUAAGAGACCGGAAAUACCCAACGGGACUGAGAACGAACAGAGCAACAGAAGCUGGUUACUGGAAAGCAACUGGUAAAGACAGAGAGAUCAAAAGCUCAAAGACAAAUUCGCUUCUCGGGAUGAAGAAAACUCUUGUCUUUUACAAAGGCAGAGCUCCUAAAGGUGAGAAAAGCUGUUGGGUCAUGCAUGAAUAUCGCCUCGACGGAAAAUUCUCUUACCAUUACAUCACUUCCUCUGCUAAGGAUGAAUGGGUUCUCUCUAAAGUUUGUCUGAAAAGCGGUGUAGUCAGUAGAGAGACGAAACUGAUCUCUUCUAACUCUUCCGUCGCCGGAGAAUUUUCCUCCGGUGUCAACUACUCAUCGUCCGCCGGAUCUGUAACCGCUCCGAUCAAUGACGUCUAUGCGACGGAGCACGUGUCCUGUUUCUCCAAUAACUCUGCUGCAGCUCAUUCCGAUUUGGGCUUGCCUACAUACCUUCCCGCUCCACCACCUUUGGUGCCACGUCAGCGUCGCCGUAUCGGUGAUGACGUGACGUUUGGUCAGUUUAUGGAUCUGGGAACUCCUGGACAGUACAACAUCGACGCAGGGUUCUUACCGAAUCUGCCUUCUCUGCCUCCAACGGUUCUUCCUCCUCCGCCUCAGUCAUUUGCCAUGUACGGUGGCUCUGCCGUGAGUAGCUGGCCGUUUGCUCUUUGAUCGUUGUGCGGUCAAGAACGAUCUCUCUAUCAUCUAAGUAUUGUUUUAUCAACGGGAAAAAAAAAACUUUGACUGGUUAGUUUAUGGUUUGUAUUAGUCUCGAAUCAUUUGUCAGUUGUCGCAUUUUGUUUGUGUUUUAGUUUGUAAUGUCUUUAUGCAUGUUUUAAUCAUGACU